AACAGUGCUUCCAUUUUUCUCAGAUUCCUCAGUCUGUGUGCUAUAAGAGAUGUGGGCCUGGAUUCAGGAAAAUUGCCCUGCUUGGCAAGAAUAUUUGCUGCUAUGAUUGCAUUCCCUGUCCUGACAAGGAGAUUUCUAAUGAGACAGAUAUGGAUCAAUGCAUGAAGUGUCCAGAAAGUCAUUAUGCAAACACAGAGAAGAAGCAAUGCCUCCAGAAAGUUGUGAGUUUUCUUGACUAUAAGGACCCCCUGGGGAUGUCUCUUACAACUGUAGCUCUUUGCUUCUCUGUACUCACAGCUCUGGUUCUUGGACUCUUUGUGAAGAACAGAGACACUCCAAUUGUCAAGGCUAAUAACAGGACACUCAGUUACACCUUGCUUGUCACACUCACCAUCUGCUUCCUCUGUACCUUUCUCUUCAUUGGUUGUCUCAACACUACUGCUUGUAUGUUACAGCAGAUCACAUUUGGAGGUGCUUUCACUGUGGCUCUUGCCACUGUGUUGGCAAAAGCUAUCACUGUGGUUAUUGCAUUCAAGGUCACUUUUCCAAACAGAGUGGUGAGGUGGUUAAUAAUAUCAAAGGCCCCAAACUUUAUCAUCCCCAUUUGUACUCUGAUCUACCUUGUCCUCUGUGCAAUCUGGCUAGGAACCUCUCCUCCCUUCCUUGAUCAAGAUGCUCAUUCUGAGCAUGGGCAUAUCAUCAUUAUGUGCAAUAAGGGCUCAGCUUUUGCCUUUCAUGGUGUCCUGGGAUACCUGUGCUCCUUGGCACUUGGGAGCUAUACCAUGGCUUUCUUGUCCCGGAAUCUACCAGACACAUUCAAUGAAGCCAAGUUCCUUUCAUUCAGCAUGCUGGUGUUCUUCUGUGUCUGGGUCACAUUCCUCCCUGUCUACCACAGCACCAAGGGGAAGGUCAUGGUGGCUAUGGAAGUCUUCUCUAUCUUGGCUUCUAGUGCAGCCCUCCUUGGCUUCAUUUUUGCCCCAAAGUGCUACAUUAUCUUGAUAAGGCCAGAGAAGAACAGUCUACAUCAUAUCAGGAACAGGUCUCAUUCUAGAAGGAAUAACCCUCUCAAAACCUAAUUCAAUACUAGUCAUAGUUCUUAUAUUAAGAAAAGAAUUUGAAAGAUAAAGUCCAGUUUGUCUCUAUUGCAAAUGUGGGUUUCACAAUAUAGAAUGGUCUUGAUUAUUCGGGCUGUUAUUUGUUCAUCAAAUUUGUUUUAGAACCACUGUAUACAGGAACUAUUGAAGGUGUACAUGCCGAAAUCCAGGUAGUAUUUUCAUAUGAGAAGGAUCUCCUUUUGUAUCCAGACUUGUCUGAAACAUUCUGCGAAGACCAUAUUUUUAUUAUAGAGAUCUCCCUACAUUUGACUCUCUUGUUCUGAGAUUAAACAUGGCCAGUCACACACCUGGCUCAUUAUGAGAAUUUAUAUUCUUCUCUAAUAUAGACAGUUAAUAUUCAUAUUAUUGAUUUAAAGGACUUGGAGCUUAAUGCAUUCUCUCUUGCACUUGCAAUAAUAAUAAUUUUAGCUGGGUGAUUCUUCCAAUCUACUGAUUUUUCUUGAAUUGCUCUGUAUUCUAAAUUUACAAAUAUGAAUUGGCUACAACUUUCAAUUUUAUUAUUACAUGAUUAUCCAGAAUUCACCAAUAUUUCAUUAAAAUCAUAAAAUGUA